AUGUCUCAAAAGGUUGUUGCUGUGUUUGGUGGUGUCGGUUCGUUGGGUCGGAAUCUCAUUCGGGCCAUCAAACAGAAAAAUUAUAUGGCCAUCUCGAUUGAUUUGAAGGAAAAUUCUGAUGCUGAUCAUUCCAUUGUGUUGAACAAUCAAUUGGAUAAAAACAGUAAAAACAAUACAUUAAGCUUUCAUGAUGGUUCCGAGAAUGAACAAGUCAUUUCUCAGAAAUUACAACAAAUUCUUGCCAAUAACAAAUUGGAUGCUGUGGUGAAUGUUGCGGGUGGAUUUGUUAUGGGAUCGUUGAAAGAAAAGCAAUUGCUAUCUCAGGUGGAUGCCAUGUGGAAAGUGAGCGUUCAAUCAUCGGUAUUGAGUGCUUUGAUUGCAAGUGCUCAUUUGAAGGAUGGUGGUUUGUUGGUGUUGCCAGGAGCUGCAGGAGCUCUGUCUCCAACACCACAUACUAUUGCAUAUGGAUUGGCUAAAAACUCGGUUCAUCAUUUGGUGAGAAGUUUGGCUCAUCCAGAGCAAUGUGGAUUGCCUGCUCAUACGACAACCAUUGGAAUUGUUCCAUCCAUGUUAGAUACUGAAGCAAAUAGACAAGCCAUGCCAAAUGCUGACACUUCCAGCUGGACUCCGCUUGACCAUGUUUCAAGUGAGCUCAUCAAAUGGUUGGAAAGUUCUUAUACUGAAAGACCACCUUCUGGAUCACUUGUCAAAAUUGUCACAUCCAAAGGAAAUACUGAUUUUAUUGUGGAAAAGUAA